AGUGAGUUGUCACUUGACGUAGGCAUAGGGCUACUUUCGAUAUUUCUACUUGUACAUUAUGGAUGCACCUUCAGGUUUCAGACAGCGUAAGUCAAAGACAAGUAGCCAGAAGCGGCGUCCUAAAGGUCAGAAAGGCAAGCCGCAGCUGUUUGAAGACACCAGUAUGCAACAGCCCUCACCCCAGCAGGGAUAUGGUGCACCACCAGGUGCAGAUAUGGGACAAGGGUAUGACCAGGGUGGCUACAGUAAUCCUCCAAUGCAGUUUCCUGGACAGCAGUUUAUAAAUGAUCCUAUGAUGACCAAUAUGGCUAUGCAAUAUGGCAGUUCACUAGCUGACCAAGGCAAAGAUUAUGUCAACAAAAAUCUUGAGAAAUAUGUGUCCACAUCUAAGCUGAAGUAUUACUUUGCUGUAGAUACUGCAUAUGUUGGGAAGAAGCUAGGACUUCUGUGUUUUCCAUUCUCUCACUCAGAUUGGUCAAUUAAGUUUAAUCAGGAUGAGCCUGUAGCACCCCGGUAUGAGGUGAAUGCUCCUGACUUAUACAUCCCAGUGAUGGCCUUUGUUACAUAUGUACUAGUUGCAGGUGUUGUGUUGGGAACACAAAACAGGUUUACACCAGAACAAUUGGGCACACAAGCAAGUACAGCCUUAGUCUGGCUUAUCAUCGAACUAGUUGUGCUGCUCUUCACCUUCUACGUGAUGAACAUCAACACUGAUCUUAAAUACCUUGAUAUUCUUGCCUUCUGCGGAUACAAAUUCUUGGGAAUGAUCGUGAGUCUGUUAGCUGGGUUGUUGUUUCAGUCUACAGGAUACUACGCUGUACUUUUAUGGUUUAGUUUAUGUAUAGCCUUUUUCUUGAUAAAAUCAUUACGAGUUAAAAUAUUACCUCAUUCAGAAGGAGAUGGAUUCUCAAAGGGAAGUAAGCGGAGUCUUUACCUGAUUCUUUGUAUAUCUCUGGUACAGCCAUUCAUGAUGUGGUGGUUGACCAGUCAUAUCAUGUUUGUAAGGAAGUGAUGACCACCCCUAGACAUGCUGUGUGAUUGAUGCACUUGACAGUUAGAAUAAAAAAUCAUCCAUCUUGAUGUGUGCAAGUUAAUUAUAGUACAUUGUCAUGAAACAGUAACUUUGCAGAAAGACAGUUGGAGAUUUACUCUUCAGCUGGUGCUAUUUUAUGAUGUGGGACAAAUUAUUUUUUCCUGUUAAUGUUGAACAGAUGCUUACAUUAUCAAAUAUUUAAGAAUGCAAGUAUUUUGAGCUGUUAAACAAAGUUUAGUCAUGCUUUAAUCCUGGUGAAGGAAAAACUUCAAUGAUUGAUUUUUUUUUUUUUUUUUUUUUUUUUCAUUUGGUUGUAAGACUGCAGUAAUCAGUAAAGUUGGAAUUUUGAGUAACAGAAACAUUGUACAGACAGAAAUUUUGAUAUAGAGAAGUCAUAUACAUACUCAUUUACUCAAAUACUGCAUGUUUAAUUGUACUUCACAUAUAUAAUAGUUUGGGCUACUGUAGGUGUGUGUGUGAAAUGAAAAAGUGCUUUUUUUUUCUUUUUUUCUUUUUUUUUUUGUUUGAUAUUUUUCAAUUACUUUCGGAACACAUGUCGUGUAUCUUCUGUGUAUAUGGUCUAUAAUGGGUGCCCCUGUCUGAAGUGUGUGUCUGUACUCUAGAGAGAAUGACCAAUACUUGUGUAGGAUCUGAAAGGAUGUUCCUGUCAGAAAUGUGUGU